CGGCAGCAUCGAAAUGCCUCCGGAACCGAUCCCCAUCAACCACCCGGUCACGCCGGACAGUGGCCACCUACUACGAACGCCACAGAUUUGUGAGAUUUCCUCGAGUUUGCUUCCAGGGGAUGCAUCGCGGAUUCCGGUGGGAUCAACUGUUUUGUGCAAUUACACUAGUGGUCGCCGUUUCCUGGCCAAGUGGUUCCCACCGGGGGAGGAUCGAUUCCUGCGGGAUGCCGUUUGUUACGUGGAUGAAAGUGUGGAACUACUAAGAGAUAUUCACGAAACCGGGCGCGACGAUCCGGGGAUCGAUUGUUUAGAAGUGGUUGACGAACCGUUGUGUCGAUUUGAGUCGGUGCUGCUCGAUGUCCGGCUGGAUUGCGCCAAGGUGGAUCAGGAGCUGAUUAGGUCACGUUGUGAUUUGGUGGACUUGUUGAAGGAUUUGCUGGUGCCGUACUGUUUUGGAGAGAAUUGUACGGUCGCGUUGAGCGAUUUGGAGAACGAAAGCUACGGAAUUGUCGGAGUGACCAUUCGGCGGGCGUUUGGGGCCGGGAAGUUUGGACAAAUUCAGAACGAGACUCGCGUCGAGAUUGAUCGGAUGCUGUUUCACGAUUCGAGAGGGUCGAAACCGCUUGGAGGGUUGGAGGUACCGUUGGAAGCUGUGCGAGUUUGUUUGAGUGAAGAAAGGAAUGAAAAUGUUCUGCUGGCAGGACCUCCUGGUUCUGGGAAGUACUCCCUGGUGAAGAAGGUCGCUCAGGAAGGUAAUCACCCUUUGUUCGAGAUAAGAGGGUUGGAUUUCAUCAAGUCACUUCCGGGAGAAACGGAGUCGGAGUUGAGGAAAACCUUUGAACGGUUAGAGCAAUUUACGAAGCUGGUAGAUGUCCCCAGCAAAUCGAUUCUUUUGGUGAAAGACGUGGACAGGUUGUGUCCCAAGGUGAGCAACAAAAGGGGUGAAGAUGUGGCCAACAUUUCCCGGAUUUCGUCACAGUUUACUGCACUUUUGGACAAGUACCACAAUCAGGCGGGGAAGAUGAUCGUCGUUGGAACAACGUCAAGUCUGGAAAACCUUGACCAGCGUGUUCGACGUCCCGGUCGCUUGGGAGUUGAGGUCUUUAUUCGAAUGGCCUCGGAGAAUGACCGAAGGCAGAUUGUGGAAGCUGUUCUGCAGCAAAGCGGAGCCACGUUCAAAGCAGAGAUCAUAGAAGAAAUCAUCAGACGAACUCCCGGUUACGUCGGAGCCGACUUGGAGUUACUUGUCCAUACCUUGCAGCGGACACGCUGCCGGCAACCUUCACUAAACAUCCAACAGCUGCUGGACGAGUCGCUGAAAAAGAUUCGACCAACGGCGCUGCGGAACUCGAUUGGUCUCAUCACCGGCCUUAAAGAAUCCUUGGACACCAUCGGUGGAAUGGAAAACCUCAAGAAGACGCUAAGAGUGUCCAUCCUAGGACCCCUGCAGAACCCAGCAGCCUUCCGUCGGUUCGGGAUGUCCCCCCUAAAAGGCAUUCUCCUGUACGGACCACCCGGUUGCGCCAAGACCACAAUCGCCCGCUGUCUCGCUGCAGAAUCCCGCAUGACCUUCCUCUCGGUAUCCGCCGCGGAAAUCUACUCCCCGUACGUCGGCGACGCCGAAAAACUCAUCACCAAACUCUUCAACCAGGCCCGCCAGUCCGCCCCGGCCGUAAUCUUCCUCGACGAAAUCGAUUCCCUCGUGGGAAAUCGCGGCUCGCAAGGAGUUCGCGGCCCAAACGACGUCAACAUCCGCGUACUCUCCACCCUGCUCAUCGAAAUGGACGGCAUCGGUGGCAGCGUCCAGUCCAGCAUCGCCACCAGCGAAGACUCGCGCAACAUCCUGGUCAUCGCGGCCACCAACCGGCCGGACAUGAUCGACGAUGCGCUGCUGAGGCCGGGACGGCUGACCAAACUGAUUCACGUUCCGGCGCCGGAUCGCGUCGCGCGGUUGGCUAUAUUGCGCAAAGUUUCCGAAAAGGUUCCCCUGGAUCGAGAUGUGGACUUGGAAGCGUUGGCUGACCUGACGGAGCGCUAUUCUGGGGCGGAUUUGCAGAAUUUGUGCGGACAGGCGGCACUGCAUGCGGCAGCGCUAGAUGAAGACGCGGAGAAGGUGCGGAUGGAGCACUUUAGACACGUGCUGGGGGAGAGUCGCCCCUCGUUGACGAGCGGUCAGAUUGAGUGGUAUGAGCGGUUCGAGACGAGGCAUCGUGUUUUGUGAUGAAGUAAGUUAUGUGUAAAAAUUUGAUAAAAAAAAUGC